UUGUGUAAUCGAGCUUUGUUUUCUUGACCAACCUAUAUGACGUACAUGUAAGCUGAAUGGUAUACGACACUGAUUGUUUCGACGAGGAAAAGUUACAAAUACUAUAAUAUGCUGUGAUUAAGAAUAUAUUUACAUUAAAACCUUGUACUAAAAGCCCAGGUUAACUCAAGAAUGACUCAAACUAAAAGAAAGAGAGGGCGUGAUGCAGAAGAUGAAUCUAGUGAAUUUAUGCCAUUAAGUAAAAGAAUUAAUAAUCUUCGUAUUAAUGGUUUAUCAGGCAUGCAGGAAAAUAUAACUGAAAACAUGGAUACAGACUGCUGUAGUAGGAGCUUUAUGCCAUCGCCAAAUUAUUCUGAGCUUUCUCAAGGGUCACCACUGUAUGAUGGAUGCAGUUCUAGCCAAAGUAGUUAUACAACGGAAUACAAACCUGAUCUGGAUGCAACUGAAAAUCCUUUUUAUUAUGAAAGUAAUAAGUUGCUUUUCUCAUUGUAUAUGGAACGUAUACAGAGAACAUCUGAUUCAUUUUGA